AUGAUGUCUCCCCGCACCUCGAUGAAAGACAAUGCCAAAUCCAUUUCAAGAUAUGUAGGACUGCAACUCAACCUACGCUGCCCAACAUUCCGUUCAAUCCACAAAACUCAACCGCUGAGAAUCAGGGAUCUCAAACUUCGAAAGAGAAGUAUUGAAAUUGAUGGCACCAGCUAUAAAGUGGGUAUCAUCACAAAAUAUCUACAAGAAGUGACGCCUCCCGGAUUGAUAGUUUUUGAAAACGCGACAGGAAGUCUUCAAUUCGAUGUGGACAGAUACGGUUUUCCCAAGGAAUCAGAUGAGGAGAACAGCGGUAAAGAGGAAGCGGAAAUUGAAUUGUUGGAGCAAAAUUUCCGAAUUAUGCGUUUUACGAAAGAUUGGCUGGAAAUGACACAUCUAGCGGAGGAUAUGCAAAAGAACAAUGAGGAGCCACCAUUCACUCACUAUCUACAAUUGACAAUUAGAAUUGGAGACGACCUCGAAAAAGUGGAACGUAUGGAGUAUAAUCAAGCAAUCAAAGUGGCCAAAGAAUAUCUUCUUAAGAAAGUGUUUAGUCUGGAGGACAUUCAGAAAACCCCUAUUGUACAAAGUAUACACAUAAGACCUUAUCUACUUUCUAUGAAUCUGAUGUUUGAGCUACAAAAUGGAAACUUUCUCUGUGUUACUGGUAGAUCAAGCCUAAGAGCAUUCAUUGGCCGGCACAGUAAUCGAAUUCAUUUGGAGAGAUGUGAGUUGGAAGAAGAGGAUUUCAAGAUUAUGAUGGAAGAGUUGAAUGAGGCGGAGAGCCGAGUGAGAAUAUACUAUUCACUUGGGUUUCGAAGCGGGCCAGAUGUCGCACCGCUCUUGCAAUUGUUUAGAAACUUUCCAGGUGCAGAGAGAGGAGAAAUUGAGGAUAGAACAUGGUCUCAAACCUCGGAGAGUAUCGUUAUUCCACUAAAAAACGAUACGGAAUUGGUUUUCAGUUGUGAUGAGCCAAGUGGGGAAGAGCUGGACUACUGUAGCUCAAAGUUUGUCGUGAAGAUGAAAGUGGAGCCGAGAGGGAGAACAAACGUGUUGGGAUUGUGUUUCCCUAAUUAA